CUCAACACGGCGCGUUCAUAAUGACAGCUUUAUCCAAAACAUUCCUGUCCAAACUCCAGCAAUUUGACGUUGAACUCGAUGAAGAUACCUUCGAAUACAUCGCAGGCAUGCUCAAUGAUCUUGAUUUGACCGACGACGAUGUCAACACUGCAAUACAGGAGUCAACGGAAGACUUUUUAAAAGACGCGAAUAUUGCAGCCAGUAAACGAAACCAGUUUUACAAAGCCCUAUCGGAAGACUUGGCUUUUUCUACAACCACGCCACUAGCCACCGCCACCGCCACCGUCAUAAAGCAGACACAAGAUGGGCCUGUAGCACUACCUACUACAGCAGCGAAAAAUACCGGAACUCUUGCAGCCAAGGAUAGCAACAACGGCGACUACGGUGAUACCACGAGCAAUAGUGUUACACAGGAAGAUGUAAAGUCUUCUGGACGAGCAAGACGUACGCGUGGUGGUCGUAGGAAGCAGCAGCAGCAGCAAGAACCAGAUCAGCAGGGCGAUGUAGAACCCAACAUUGUUGCCACGUCUCAACAGUCUCGGUUCCAUACGGAGACCUUGGAAACAAGUAGCGCCGAGAUUGAUUUGCCUGGCGUCAAUAUCUCGGUCAACAUGAAUGAUUUGUUGGUGGAUGCACACCUCAAACUCAAAGAAGGCAUUCGCUAUGGUCUAGUUGGUCAAAAUGGCGUGGGCAAAACAAUGCUGAUGAGAUGUUUAGCGGAUAACAUUCUGGUCGGUUUACCGCAAAAUAUUAACAUUCUACAUGUCGCCCAGCUCCAAGUUCUUGACGAAACCAAAACUGUGCUAGAUGAAGUCAUGUCAGCUGAUCGCAAAACCAUAAAUACCCUCCGUGAAGCAAAAGCGCUCCAGGAAGUCCUUGGUGCUGGUGGCAAGCAAAAAGAAGCCACAGCACAGCUAAACUGUGUUGUUUACGAUUUAAUGGUUGCAAGAAGCCUUGAACGGCUUGAUAUGGCUACCAAGCUAGCAACAAAGCGCUCAGGAGCCAGAGGCCGUGAAGCCCGACGAGAACAGAUUCUUCGGGAAAAGGAGCACGAAGAGCUUACCGCCAAAAACCCUCAAACUGCAGUAUCCGCUGAAAAUGCCAACAGCAUGGUUGCCGAAGUUUUUGAAAAGCUAGAACUCAUCGAUGUGGGCGCUAAUGAAGCCAAAGCGAAGAAGAUCUUGCUUGGUAUCGGCUUUUCCAAGGAUCAGCUCGAAUCCCCUGUAUCUAUCUUUUCUGGCGGUUGGAGAAUGAAGAUUGCUCUUGCCAAGUCGCUCUUCAUGGACCCUGACAUUCUUCUACUGGACGAACCUACCAACCAUUUGGAUCUACCCGCUAUCUUGUGGCUACAAGAGUACCUUAUUAACGAAACGGAUGGCCAAACAAUUGUGAUUGUAUCCCACGACCGUGCAUUCUUGGCCAAUGUCACUGACGAAACGAUCAUUAUCCGAGAUAAGCAGCUCAAAUACCAUGGAGGCAGUUAUGAUGACUGGGAGCGGAAUACCGAAGAGCAGCGCACCCGUAAACAGACGUUAUUAGACAAUCAAGAACGCCGUAAGAAACAGAUCAUGGCGAGUAUACAACAUAACCGCCAGCAAGCCAAGUCCACUGGUGACGAUAAACGGCAUGGCAUGAUCGCUUCCAGACAAAAGAAAUUGGAAAGAUUAGGCAUGGAAAAGACUGAAGACGGAAAGCGUUUCAAGCAAAGUUAUCGCGCUGGCUUUCAUGACGACAUGCGUGAAAAAAUUGUUGUCGAGAAGGCGGUCAAGACGGCUGCCAUCAAGAUCCCUGAUCCACCUCCUCUGCGCUACAGUGGUUCCGUGUUUUCGAUGCGCAGCGUUACCUUCAAAUACCCUGGCACCAAAGAAAAGAUGAUUGACAAUUUCUCCAUCGACAUUGAACUGGGUUCUCGAACGGUCUUACUGGGCUCCAACGGCAGUGGCAAAACGACGUUAUUGAACCUUCUUGUCGGACGAUUAUCGCCUACAUCGGGUGAGGUAUACCGUCAUCCGUUACUGCGUGUCGGCUAUUUUUCACAACACGUUGUGGAUGAGCUAGACGAGAAUGAUACGCCGGUUGAAGCAUUGAUGAAACUGCAAGAAAACAACAAGAGCGAGCAAGAAUGUCGCCAGCAUCUGGGCUCGAUAGGCAUGAGCGGACCCGUAGCGCUUCGACAAAUCAAGUUUUUGAGCGGUGGACAACGUAACCGAGUUGCACUAGCGUUCAUUUUGUUCCAGGCGCCGCAUGUCUUGAUCCUUGAUGAAAUCACCAACCAUUUGGAUAUGGGCACGGUCGAGGCGCUUACCGAUGCAUUGGCGGGUUAUUCAGGUGCCAUCGUGGCUGUCAGUCACGACGUCUGGUUCUUGAAACAGUUGAUGGAGGAGCAAACUGCUGACGAAGCAGAGGGUGAUCCAGCAGACGAAGUAGCAGCGGUCAAGUCGGCCUAUUACUUGGUUCAACGUGGAAAACCUAUCAAGCGCUGGGAGAAAGGCAUCGAUGACUACGUCGCCAAGGUUCUCAAGACGGUCCGCAAAUCAUCAUAAAUGUUUCACCUACUUUUUUUUUUGAGCAAUUGAAAUAUAAAAAUUUGCCGAGA